ACGUGAUUCCCAUUCUCGGGGCGGGUUGGGUUGUUCGCCGCAGGUCUUAAGAAAGAAGAAGAGAUGUAACUUGGGCCGCAUUAGACAGUGGAAAAUGCGUCUUCUUCCUCUUUGGACAGAGGAAGAAUGUGCCCCUUCCACUUUUCUGCUCCCCCAUCCCAAUUCACGCAGGCUGGCCCAAACAAGCAUAAAGCCACGAACAGUCUCCUCUCCUGUCUCAUUGGUGGGCGAAUGGACCACGAGCUCGACUCCUUCGGGGGAGGGGCCAGACUGGCAAUUGGCUACUUUUUCCCCGCCCCCUUUCCCCAGGCUAGUUCCUCGCCCUCCGCGGGCGCCUGCGCAUUGGGCUCGGGGUGGGGGGAGCGGGAAGUGCGGCGGGAUAGCGGAGCCAAUGUCUACCCUGAGAAGAUCGGGCUAUGGCCCGAGUGACGGCCCGGGCUACAGCCGCUACUACGGGGCUGGACCCGGACCGGGACCCAGCAUUGGAGACGUGCCACCACCUGGGCCUCCCACCUCGUCGCGACCCGAGCCGCCUCCCCCUCCGCCUCCUGGGCCCUGGAGGAUGCGCGGAGGCGGCCCGGCGGAGGCUGUGUGGCCCGGAGAAGGCAGCGGCGCUUGCGGAGCCUGCGGAGGCGGCGGGGGCUACUACCCCAGCGGAGCCGCCUGGCCGGACCCGUGUCGGGCCGGAGGCCACCAGGAGCAGUCACCUUAUCCUAGCUAUGGACCCAGCUACUGGAAUUCAGCUGCCCCAACUAGGGCUCCAUAUCCAAGCGCAUAUCCUGGAAGACAGGAUUUGCAAAGCCAGGGAAUGGAUUCCUACACAAAUGGGGCCUAUGGUCCACCAUACCCCACAGGCCCUGGAGCAACUGCAUCCUCAUAUUCUGGGACUUACUAUUCAUCUGGGCAUCCCCCAGGCCCUUAUACUACAGAUGUGCCAAGCACUUAUCAUUCCCCCGGCAACAGCCCAACCCCUGUUUCUCGUUGGACUUAUCCACAGCAAGACUGUCAGACUGAAGGACCUCCUCUGAGGGGGCAUGUUCCAGGAUAUCCUAUGUCCCAGAGUCCUGGGAUGGCUCACCCCCAUUACUCAUACGGGGAUGGAAAUCCUAAUGUCCCACCACCAGCACCACCACCCCUCCGAACACAGGAGCAAGUAUGGACCUCCUCUGGGGUUUAUGGAAUGACAACACGCUACUCUUGGCCUUCUUCAGCUGCACCCUCGGCACAAUCUGGGAAUUACUUUAUGUCAGGAUCCACUUCGUCAUGGUCCAGCAGUGCAUCCUCCCAGGCACCUCCUUCACCCCCACCCCCUCCACCUCCACCCCCACCUCCCACCCAAGAUUCCAAGGAUCCCUCAUACCCUCAUAGCCAGCCAGAGCAAGGUGUGAACCGGAACAACUUUCCCAGCGAUGUCCAUCAGUACGAAUCCUCCUCGGAAACUAUGAGCAGUAAUCCAGACCUUUUCACUUCCAAAGUUCAGUAUAGUGCCCAGCCUCAGAUGUACGGUAACUCAGGCAGGAGAAUUCCCAGCAAUCAAGAUAUGGGAUAUAAAAUCCCUGAUGAUUCAUCUUCAGACGAAGGUCAACCACCAGGUAUUAAAAAAAUCACACAAGUGCUAGAGAAAGUUCAAUACCUUGAACAAGAAGUAGACAAGUUUGUAGGGAAAAAGACAGACAAGACUUACUGGCUUCUAGAAGAAAUGCUAACCAAGGAGCUCUUGGAACUGGAUUCAGUUGAAACUGGUGGCCAGGACACUAUUCGACAGGCAAGAAAAGAGGCUGUUUAUAAGAUCCAGGCCAUACUGGAAAAACUGGAAGAAGAAGCAUUAUGAGAAGGAUAAGCAACUAGUAGAAGCCUGUUACUAACAUGACCAAAGAUCUCUUGAUUUUGGUUAAUUCUUAUCCCUUUGAAACUGCUGUUGAUGAUAAGAAGCAAUAAAUUCUGACUUUCCCUUCCAUUUAAAAUGAUUAAAAAAGAAAAAGUGGCAAAAGACUUGGAAGAACA